CAAUUGCUUAUUCUCUCGUCAGUUCAUUACUCAUACGACAUGAGAGUCACCCUCCCGAAUCCUCUGGGAGAGCCCAUCGCCCUCGACUCUGCAGACUUGCCGAGCAUGGCUGCCAUCCCUUCCAUCGCUCUUUUUACUCGACCUUCGUCACUCAUCGGCAUCUCGCGCCGGCCGCACUUCAAGAUUAUCCUGCUGAUCAUAGGUUUCGUGUUCCUGUUUACAUGGCAUCCAAGUCCUCCUUUCCCUCCGAGCUAUGAUGAAGAAUGGGCGUGGGAAAAGAGUGCGGUGGAUGAGAUAGGGGCCACCGGGAGGAUGGUGCUGUUCGAUAUCCCAAAGGGGACCGGAUUCAAUCAUCAGUUACAGCGUGUGUUAUUACAACACCAUAUAGCUGUGCUUGGCAAUAGGUCACUGGCAUUUGAGCCGUACUACGAGGAUCAGACGUUUCUCCCUUUCAACCCUAGACGAUGGCCUUGGAGGUCAGCAAAGAUACCUCUGUCAGCAUUUAUCUCCACCGUUGUUUCGGGUUUUGAGACGCUCUACGGUUCCCCGCAUGCUGUUCCAUCAUGGUACUACCGUCGUCAAUGUUCAUCAUCCAAAGAAAAAAUAUACACUAUCCGCUCAGAAUCCAAUCCUGAUGGCGAUAUGGAUUUACAAGAUGAUGGACAAGCGAGAAUACAUCAGCUGCAAUUGAUCCUCGCUGGAAACGACGAGAAAUGUAUAAGAAUCAUUGGCGAGCCUUUUAACAAUGAUUUCUUUAAUUCUAAAGCACCUCUUGAUCUAUACGAUUCCUUCGUCCAGUCUCCCGCCAUGAAACAUUUCUCAUUCUCCUCCAGGGUUCUCUCCAUCCUCAACGACCACAUGUCAACACUUGCCCCACAACAUAACCCAUACAGCCUCGCGACCGCGGUAAAUGUGAAGAGCGAGAGCGAGAUUAAAAGUACGAUGUGGAAACAUGUUUUGGCAUUGCAUGUAAGGAGGGGAGAAGAUUGGGAGAAAGUUUGUGAAGGGAAAGGGGAGACUAUUGCCCCUUUUGUAUCAUUUAACAAACUCCCUCUCUUACCAGGCAACGAAAACAUCCCCCCUCCAUCCGACAUGGUCCCUGCUAGCCGAAUGGGUCUCUACCGUGCCAAAUGUCUUCCCGACACAUUGGACAUCAUCGCACGUGCUCGCCGGAUGCGUAAAAACCAUCCCCUCUUGAAAUCAGUGUACAUCCUCACUGACGCGAAUGAUGAGUGGACAGCAAAGUUGAGGAUGUGGUUAGAGAGUGAGGGAUGGAAUCAUGUGUGGAUAGGGAGGGAGGAUGUAUGGGGGGGAUGGAACGAGAGGGAAGUGGGAGUGGCGGUUGAUAUGGAGAUAGCGAGAAGAGCGGGGGUGUUCGUGGGUAACGGAUUUUCAAUGACUUCGUCUAACAUUGUACUCUUACGAUCGAGGGAUGGUAUACAUCCCGAUUUUACUCAAUUUUGGUAAAUUGCUGUAUAACAGUAGGGAUGUAUUUUCCCGGUGCUGCUGGGGUGUUGCAUAAUACAUUCUUAAAGGAAUUCAUCGUCUAUCCCUUCUUCGCUCCUUGUGUCUCUCUCCCCUUUCUCUGUACCUCUCCCUUUCCCUAUCCCUGUGUCUGUCUGCCUCCUUCCCUUCUCUAUCAUGAUGGUGGUCCCUCCUACGUCCAUCAUCCGAGUAUCUCCCUUUCGCAAACCCAAUCUCCUUCCUCGCGCCUGGUACUUGUGUAGCUUUUACAGCUUCUUCUUUACGUUUCUGCUCUGCCGAGAGUGCGGCGGGGCCGUAUGUGGUAAUGGUAGAUUCGAGGCCGCGACGAGUGAGCCAGCCGGUGGAAGGAAAUGCGGUGGCUCGUUCGUCGAUGGAGACAAAUUCGACCUGUUUUAAGUAGUGUUUGUUGUUUGUCAGCAUGAUAUUUGACACCGGGUGGAUAUUGAUGGGAAGAGGGAAAGAGGGCCUUACAAGUUUAGUAUAUAUAUGAGGGUUAGCGAAUGCAGAAGAAGAUAAGA